AUGACUCAAUGGACAUUUACCCAAUUUGAUAACGGGGGAUUCCCGAACGUGGCAGCAUGGACUGUUUCCAACGCACAGGGAUCAUCUUAUCAGAUCCAGCUUGCGUGGCCCCUGAGCUGGAACACUUUACAGGUCUUGGCCAAGGUAAAUCUUGUUUACCUUGUUGACGGAAACGCCGUCUUCGGAACUGCAUUGGAUGCUGUUCGUCGCCGUCGGCCUGUUUCACCCGAUGAGCCGGGGACUAUCGUCGUCGCGAUUGGCUAUCCCUUGACCGACAGGGUUUAUGAUCCUCGCCGUACGGUGGACUUGACUCCACCGUGCGAGAGUUAUGUUCCCCCCAACGGGCCCGAUGGCGAGGCCCAUCCUGAACCACAUGGCGGGGCAGACCAAUUUCUGUCCUUCAUCAAAAGGACUGUUGAGCCGUUCAUCUUAUCUUCGGUUUUCCCUUUCGUCACACCCGUCAAGACUGCCCUGUUUGGCCAUUCAUACGGGGGCUUGUUCGCGUUGCAUGUCUUGUUCACGCGACCGGAGAGUUUUGACACUUUCUUAGUGGCGAGUCCGUCAAUCUGGUGGAAUGAUCGGUUCAUAUUGACGGAAGAGGGCCGACUCUAUGACAGCCCUGCACUUCGACCUCUCCCUAGAGUGCGUCUUUCUUAUGGAUCUCAGGAACAGUUUCCGGCCCGUCGCCGAGGAGAAUCGCAGGAUGUGUACGAAAGACGGAAGAAAGGUGCUGCCCAGCGUCGUAUGACGGACAAUUGCGAAGAGCUGUACCAACGACUGACCUGUAAUGGCCGAGUGAUGUGUGAGAAGAGGGCGUAUAUCGAUGAAGAUCAUGGAAGUGUCAUUGCACCUGCGUUGAGUGGGGGGAUUUUGUUCUUUUUGGAUUCAGUGGAAGAAUCUCCUCAGCGGCCGAUGAGACCUUGA